GAUUACGGAAACAUCGUUUCCCUUUGGUUUGGGUCCCGUCUCGCUGUAGUUAUUUCCUCACCCUCCGCAUUCCAAGAAUGCUUCACCAAACACGACAUUGCCUUGGCCAACCGGCUACCUUCCCUCUCGGGAAAAUACAUCUUCUACGGCAACACCACCGUAGGGUCCUGUUCCCACGGCGAGCACUGGCGCAACCUUCGCCGCAUCACUUCCCUCGAUGUUCUCUCAACGCAGCGUGUUCACUCAUUCUCCGGAAUUCGUAGCGAUGAGACUAAGCGGUUGAUACAGAGGUUGGCCAGGAACUCGCGCGUGGAGUUUGCGCACGUGGAGAUGACUUCCAUGUUCCAUGACUUGACGUACAACAACAUCAUGAGGAUGAUAUCGGGGAAGAGGUUUUACGGAGAAGAGAGUGAUAUAAAGGAUGUGAAGGAAGCCAAGGAGUUCAGAGAGACGGUUGCAAAGAUGCUUGAACUCAUGGGCUUGUCUAACAAAGCAGAUUACUUGCCUUUCCUCAGAUGGUUUGACUUUCAGAGUGUGGAGAAGCGCUUGAAGAAUAUUAGUAAUAGGUAUGAUGCAAUCUUGAAUAAGAUCAUUCAUGAGAACCGUAGCAAGAAGCAAAGAGAGAACUCCAUGAUUGACCAUCUCCUCAAAUUGCAAGAGACGCAGCCCGAGUAUUAUACCGACCAAAUCAUCAAAGGCCUUGCUUUGGUAUCACCU